AUGAACCUCCUUGUCGAUGCGUAUGGGAAAUGCGGCUACCUGGGCGAGGCUUGUGCCGUGUUUGAAUCCAUUGCUCCCCGCAAUAUCUUCUCCUGGAACACGAUGAUGUGGGCGUGUGCCCAAAACGGAAAAUUAGACAGCGCUACAACACUUUUCGAAAUCAUCCCCGAGAGAGAUCUCGUUGCAUGGACCUCGCUCUUACAAGGUUACUUCCUAGUCGGAAGCCUUGUUCAAGCUCGAUUACUCUUUGAUUUAAUUCCAGAGAAGAGCGUGGUGGCGUGGACUGCCAUAGUUUCUGCAUAUGCCAAGGUUGGGCAUAUUGACAAAGCACAGAGCGUGUUUGCGUUGAUGCCACAGAACACACUUUUGGGCUGGACUGCGAUUAUCACCGCCCUUGGAUCAAAGUCCAUGGUAGGCGAGCUCAAACUGGUCUUUGAUCAAAUGCCCGAGCGAGAUGUGGUGGUCUGGACCGCGCUCGUCCAGGCUUAUGCUCAGAAUGGGCAUGUCGUCCGCAAAGCAAGGGAGGUUUUUGAUCGAAUGCCGUGCAGGAAUUGUUUAUCGUGGAAUGCGAUGCUGGCCGUCUACGCUGAGACUGGAGAGCUUGAGCUGGCAAAGAAAACCUUUGAUCUGGUCCCAGAGCCGGACGUGGUUUCUUGGACCUCAAUCACACAGGCCUACAUUCGCCGCGGCCUAUUCGAUGACGCUCAAGAGUUGUUUGAUCGAAUCCCAGGCAAGAACACUGUGUCGUGGAAUGCAAUGGUGCAGGCGUAUGCCCAGGCCGGGCAUGUCUCCAAAGCUGUAAAUAUCUUCCACGCCACCUUUAGGAAGAAUGUCAUUUCCUGGAACUCGGUGGUGCUCGCGUAUGUGGGUCGAAAGAAGAUGGUCGAGGCAAAGUCGUUGUUCGAUCGCAUGCCCGGCCACACCGUCGUCUCCUUGACAAUUGUCGCAGUGGGGUAUGCCCACGCCGGGCAUACGACGAGUGCCAAGGAAACGUUUGAGUCCAUGCCCAGCAGAGACGUGCCAUCAUGGAACGCGAUGGUGUCCGCGUAUGCUCGAGCCGGGCAUAGCAGCGUCGCCUUGGAAGCAUUGAGGCUCAUGGCGCUCGACGGUGUCAGGCCCGACGAUCUCACCUUUGUUGCCAUUCUCACGGGCUGUAGCCACGAAGGGAAGCUCCAGCAGGGGCGCGAGAGCUUCCGGGAGAUGAUCGACGUGCACGGGAUCAAGCCUCUGCUUGCUCACUACGAUUGCAUGGUCGACAUUCUGGGACGCUCCAAGUUUUUAGCUGAGGCGGAGGAGCUCAUCGACAGCAUGCCGUUUCUGCCUGACUCGGCUGCGAUGAGCUCGCUGCUGAGUGCUUGCAAGCUUCAUGGAGAUCUCGAUCGAGGGGAGCGAAUCGCAAAGAAGAUGGCGGCGGUGGAUGAAGACCAGUUCGCUGAUUAUGGUUGUGGCUAUCUCUUACUCUCAAGUAUGUCAGCCGAGUGUGCUAAUCGUGAGCCGCAAAUGAAAGUGAAGGAAUGA